AUGGGAGCUGGAGUCCAAGGAUCUAGGUCCACAAAUGCCAGGGACAUUUCAAAUCCCUCCUCAGUCGUGAAGCCAAUUGGGCAACUUAAAGCUGGUCACCAUCUUUAUGCGAAACCUCCCUCGCAUGGUUGCUGUGUGCGUGAAAGCAAUAUAUCUUGUGGUGGGCUUGAUGAGGUAAGUGUGGAACAUAAAUGUAAUUCAUAGGUAAGAAGACAGGAAAUAGUUCUGAAUCUGACUGAAAAUAAAGGAUUCUUUGUCUCCAAAUUGCAUAUAGCAAGCACCUGUGUUGUUGAACUCUAGCUGAAGUCUCAGCAUCUGGUUCCUCAGCACUCUGCACUCUCUCUCUGGAAACCUCCAGCUGUCAGGUGACAGGAACCAGCCAAUGCCUCCCAGUUCAGAAACAGUCUGCCAAGAGCUGAGAUUGGAAGUGGACAACCAAGGAAACUUAGGGGAGCAUUUUCAUUUCCAUGCUUAUGAAUAUUGAAUUGAAUCAAUUCAUCUGAUGUGUUCAAAAUAGUAGAGAAAAUUUAUGGUUGACACCACCUUGGGAUAGUUUUGACAGGAAUUUGGGGAACUAGGAAUAUUUUUAGUUCCAUCAGGGUUGAUGGACCAGCAAAUAGCUAGAGAGGAUUAAGGGGUGGGGGCGGGAAUCAGGCCUUGUUUCUCAUGUGACAGAUCACCGAUUCCACAGUUCUUAAAUGUGACCAUUUGCGACACAAGAUCUACCCACCAGGGAAGAAUGGCAGAUGAAGGUGAUGGACUAUAUGGAACUGGCGGAAAUGACUGGCAGGCUCCGAGACCAGGGAGAAGAGUCGGUGGAAGAAGAUUGGAAGAAAUUUAAAGACUAUUUACAGAAACAUUGUAAAAUUAAUGAAUGUUAGAAAGAUAUUGGAAUGAACUUAUGUGGUUUUAGCAGAAAUGUUAUAAAGGAUUAGGAAAAAUAGACUGUUAAUUGGUGAAACGAGGGAAAGUAAAGUUAUAUCAUAUUAAGAUAAAUUACAGGGCAAAAAUUGGAAAAGAUGGAAAGGAUUUGCUGAAAUAGUUAACCGAACUAGAAUACAAAAAAGGGAGGUGUGAGGAGGUCAAGAAAACAAGCUAACAAAUGAUAAGUUAUGGGAAGAUUCGAUGUUUUAUUUUUUUAAUGGACUUUUUCUGUUUUUGUAUUUUCUUUUUUUUCUUUUCCUAUUAUGAUGUGUUGUUUUUGAUGUUGUUUAAUAUGAUGUUAUUAUUUUUUCUUUUUGUAACCUUUAAAACCUUAAUAAAUAUUAUUAAAAAUAAAUAAAUAAAUGUGACCAUUUGCUGCCUCCCAAAAUUAUGCUUAAGCCUUUCCCCUCCCCCCAAAAAAACAACAACUCAAACAUGGUAGCUGGUCUUGUCAAACGGGCCAAUAUAAGGUUCAUUUGGCAAGUUUGUUGUUGUUUAGUCGUUUAUUUGUGUCCGACUCUUCAUGACCCCAUGGACCAGAGCACGCCAGGCACUCUUGUCUUCUACUGCCUCCCGCAGCUUGGUCAAACUCAUGUUCGUAGCUUUGAGGACACUGUUGAACCAUCUCGUCCUCUGUCAUCCCCUUCUCCUUGUACCCUACAUCUUUCCCAACAUCAAGGUCUUUUCCAGGGAGCCUUCUCUUCUCAUGAGGUGGCCAAAAUAUUGAAACCUCAGCUUCAGCAUGUGUCCUUCCAGUGAGCACUCAGGGCUGAUCUUCUUCAGAAUGGAUAGGUUUGAUCUUCUUGCAGUCCGUGGGACUCUCAAGAGUCUCCUCCAGCACCAUAAUUCAAAAGCAUCAAUUCAAGAGUCUGGCUCUCACUUCCAUACAUCACUACUGGGAAAACCAUAGCUUUAACUAUACGGACCUUUGUUGGCAAGGUGAUGUCUCUGCUUUUUAGGAUGCUGUCUAGGUUUGUCAUUGCUUUUCUCCCAAGAAGCAGGCACUUUUUAAUUUCGUGACUGCUGUCACCAUCAGCAGUGAUCAUGGAGCCCAAGAAAGUAAAAUCUCUCACUGCCUCCAUUUCUUCCGCUUCUAUUUGCCAGGAGGUGAUGGGACCAGUGGCCAUGUUCUUCGUUUUUUUGAUGUUGAGCUUCAGACCAUAUUUUGCACUCUCUUCUUUAACCCUCAUUAAGAGGUUAAUUCCUCCUCACUUUCUGCCAUCAAGGUUGUGUCAUCUGCAUAUCUGAGGUUGUUGAUAUUUCUUCCGGCAAUCUUAAUUCUGGCUUGGGAUUCAUCCACUCCAGCCUUUCGCAUGUUGAAUUCCACAUAUAAGUUAAAUAAGCGGGGAGCAAUAUACAGCCUUGUUGUACUCUUUCCCAAUUUUGAACCAAUCAGUUGUUCCAUAUCCAGUUCUAACUGCAGCUUCUUGUCCCACAUAUAGAUUUCUUAUGUUAAGGAAAUUAGGGGGGGGCACAAAAGUUAUUAAAUGUUACAGAUAUUGUGCCUGAAUGUAUCCUUUCAACUUGACAGCUCAGGGAAGUUACCGUAUUUUUAGCUCUAUAAGACUCACUUUUCAUUCCUAAAAAGUAAGGGGAAAUGUGUGUGGGUCUUAUGGAGUGAAUGCAGGCUGCACAGCUAUCACAGAAGCCAGGACAGCAAGAGGGAUUGCUACUUUCACUUGCAGGGGUCUACUCUCAGGCCACUAAUGUGCAUACCAUGCCAGCCUUAGGAAGGGAGGUGGGACAGGCAGGUGAAAGAAAUUGCCAAAGGUGUUUGAAAAUGGGUGGGGGAUCUUGGGAAGGGGGUGCCCAAUUGGGGCUUCUCCAGGGGCAGCAGAAUGUCUUGGGCAGGAGAAUCCCUGCAGGGGCUCUCAGACUCCCUUGGCUUCUUCUUCUUCCCUCCCUCCCAGGAAGCUGCAGCUUGCUCUGGAUUCUGCGCUCCUCAGGAAGCUGAACCUGCAAACCUAGCUGAGACUGAACCUGCAACCCUGGGCAGGAUGGAAGGAGGAAGAUGGACGGUUGACCUGGUCAGGCUGUCUCCCGCAUCUCUCCCCAGAACGUCUGAGCAUUCCCUCCCAGGACCCUUGGAGAAAUCUGGUGAGUUCCAGGGAAGAGGAGAUGGGGACAGGGAUAGACGGAUGGUGGAGGGAGAAAGAGGAAAAGAUGAAGAGGAGACAAAUGGAAGGAAGUUCCUGACAGGAAGAAGGAAGGGGUGAGGCCUUCUCCGAAGCAGCUCUUUGUUUCUUGAAUCCUUUUCCUAAAGUAGUGGGGGCAGAUUUUCUUCCUCCAGGCUUUGAAAUCUUAGGUGUUAUUUCCACGGCAGGAAUAAUUGAUGGUAAUGAUGUUGCACACCAAUCCUGAAAAAUGGGUGAAGUGGGAUGGAAAUGUUUCCCAUAAUUAUUUAUAAUUAAUGUACAUAAAUUGUUUCUAUUACUCUUAUUUUUUUUAUAGGCAGGGUCAGAAUCAUACAUUCCACCAGCAUCAAAACACAAUAGAUGCAUGCACCUCCCCAGUUUGGUGGGGUUAAGGGACAAAGGACCCGUUAUCAUGAUACACAAUUCCUGGGGCUGGAGGCUCUGCACUUAGGAUUGGGCAUAUAAAGUCCAAGAGCGUCUGGUAUUAUAAGCAAAUUGUGCAAAAUUGCCAAUCUUACAGACUGGGGUUGUUUGUGAGAGUGAGUGGGAUAAUAAUUUUAGCGCCCCUGUGUAAAGGCUUGUGUUAUGUACUGAGUUGAAUAGGAUCCAAACUGUAGCAGUCUGAUUGGUCCUAGAACAAUAGGAUCCAAAAGGCAGCAGUCUGAUUGGUCCUAGAACAAUAGGAUUCAGAAUGCAGCAGUCUGAUUGGUCCUAGAACAAUGCAGCAGUAUGAUUGGUUGGCAGGAACCACCCAAUCCUGCUCCAGAUAGAAGUGAAUCCACAACCUGAUUGGCUUACAGUAGAAUUCCAGAAUUAGCCAAUCAUGUGCAGCCCAUUGUGUAAAUAAUGUAUAUAAAGCAGAUACUGUGAGGGGACAUUCAUUCAUUCCUCCUCACCACUAUGAGCUGAAUAAAGAGCAUGAAAUCACUUUGCGACUCUGAGUAUAUUUCACUGGCGACGAGGGUGGGAUCCCGCUGAGCUGACUGCCACACACAGCACCGCAGCACCGCCAACUGCCGCACCGCUGCCUCGCACCGUGUAUCCAGGCUUCAGCUCCGGGGCACAAGGAACUCAGAAUGGCAGCCAACAGCAGCUUCUCGCCAUUCAACCCAGCAUCUGGAGACUGGGAAGCGUACGCCUCCCGUUUCACCUUCCUCCUAGAAGCCAAAGGGGUCACCGACGAAGAAGACGCCAAGAAGAGGGCGAUAUUCUUCAGCGUCUGCGGAGAGGAGACGUUUGAAAUCGCCCGGGCUCUCCUUGCGCCUGAAGACGUCGCUACUGUUCCAUACAAAACAAUAAUGGAACAGCUGAAGGGGCACUUUCGCCGCAGCCCUCAGUGGUGGCUCGUCGAAAUGCCUUCUACGCAAAGCGGCAAGCCCCUGGGGAAACCAUAACUGGGUUUGUGACCUCUCUCCGCCAAGCCGCCCGGUUCUGCAACUUCUCAGAGCUGGAGAACAUGCUUCGUGACCGCCUCGUCGGUGGCCUGAAGGAUGAGAAGCUGCAACGACGCCUCUACGCUAAGAAGGACCUAACGUUCCAGGUCGCUCUGGAGGAGGCCCUGGCAACAGAAGCUGCCGAGAGGUCGACCCAAGAGGCACGGCCGAGCCUGCCAUCCCAACCGAGGGUCCACCACGAAGACCUCACCGACGACUCAGGAUCCGACAGGGAGGAGGUGCACCGAGUACAGCAGCGCACUCAAGCAGCGCACAGACCACAGCUGCCUCGACGAGAAGGAGGGAACUGCGCAAGCUGCGGGGAGAGUCACGAGAGGAGGACCUGCCGUUUCCGCAACGCAGAGUGCAGGCAGUGCAGAAAAUCGGGACACAUCGCCCGGGUGUGUCGGGCUCGGCCCACCCGACACCAGGCAUCAGAUGACCAAUCCAAGAGCCCCAGGUCCCGGGGCCCAACGCACCAAGGCAACUCGACGGAGCUCACGGACUUCCAGGUAUACCAGUUGCCCCACCCCAACGUAGAGAAAAUUUAUGUAGAGGUACAGAUAGAGGGGGCCCCAUGCCGCAUGGAGCUUGACACGGGUUCAACUCUAUCCAUAAUCUCGGCAAGGACCUUAAGGAAACUGUGUCCCACUGGGGGUCCCAAACUCAGGCCGGCCCCAUUCACCCUCCGGGACUUCCAGAAACGUAAGGUCCCCACAAUGGGGGUGGGGACCUUCAGGGUGCAAUACCGAGGGCGGACGCGGCAACUGGACUUGCUUGUGGUCAAGGGCCCCUACAUUAGCUUACUGGGAUUGGCAUGGUUUGGACCACUGGGGCUAGCUGUCACCGGGGUGAACCACACUAGCUUACAAGUGGACGUGGACGCCAUAUGCAAGGAAUUUCCAGGGGUUUUCGAUGGGAAAUUGGGACAGUAUACGGGCCCCCCCAUUGCGCUACAGCUUGACCCCGCAGUACGACCGGUCAGGCUCAAGGCCCGCCGGGUCCCGUUCGCCUUGAAACCCCGUAUAGACGAGGAAUUGGACCGACUCGUGGAGCAAGGAGUGCUGGAGCCGGUGCCUAAUGCUCCCUGGGAAACCCCAAUCGUCACACCCGUCAAGCCUAAUGGUUCGGUCCGCAUCUGCGCAGACUACAAAUGUACCAUAAACAAGGCCCUCACGGCCCACGCAUACCCAGUGCCAGUGGUCAGCCAUGUCCUUGCCACCCUGGCUGGGUCGAAAAUUUUGGGCAAGCUGGACUUGGCCCAAGCAUAUCAACAGCUGCCAGUAGAUGAGGCCACAGCAGAGGCACAGACGAUUGUGACGCACAGAGGAGCGUUCAGGGUAAAGCGGCUGCAAUUCGGUGUCAGCGUGGCACCAGGCAUAUUCCAGAAUCUAAUGGACUCUCUCCUUAAAGGGAUUCCUGGCGUCACCCCCUUCUUCGAUGAUGUGUUGAUUGCCGGGCCCACACCAGAGGAGUUUGAGGACCGCCUCCGCACCGUUCUGCACCGUUUCCAGACGGCGGGUCUCAAGGUGAAGCGGGAAAAAUGUCUACUAGGAGUGCCUCAGGUGGACUUUCUGGGAUUUAUGGUGGACGCAGAAGGGGUCCACCCGACUGGGGACAAGGUACGGGCCAUUUGUGAUGCCCCAGCGCCCAAGAGCAAGACUGAACUUCAGGCCUUCUUGGGACUAUUGAACUUUUACCAUUCCUUCCUUCCCCACAAGGCGGCGGUAGCGGAGCCCCUACACAGACUCCUGGACAAGCGGGCCCCUUGGGUGUGGGGCCAGCGCCAGGAGGCCGCAUUCCAGGCAGUCAAGGACUUGCUUGUCUCAAACUCGGUCUUGGCACACUUCGACGAGAGGCUGCCGGUGGUGCUAGCAUGCGACGCCUCACCCUAUGGCAUUGGAGCUGUCCUGGGGCACCAACUCCCGGAUGGAAGAGAGGUACCGGUGGCGUACUUUUCCCAGACACUCAACACAACCGAGCGGAACUACUCGCAAAUCGACAAGGAGGGUCUGGCAAUCGUAAAGGGAGUAAAAAAAUUCCAUGAUUUCUUGUACGGGCGGCCCUUCACCGUGGUGACUGACCACAAGCCGUUGCUUGGCUUGUUUGCCCCCGAAAAGCAGACCCCCCAAGUGCUGUCUCCUCGCGUCCUCAGGUGGUCAAUUUUCCUUGCCAGCUACCAGUAUGCACUGAUUCACCGACCUGGGAAGGCGAUGGGCCAUGCGGACGCCCUCAGCAGGCUACCACUACCGGAAACAGGCCCUGACCCAGCACCUGCACAAGAGGUUAUGAGCCUGGAGCUGCUUCCCGACCGCCCCAUUCAGGCACAAGAAGUUGCACACCAUUCCAAGAAAGAUAGGGUCAUCUCCCGGGUCCUGGACUGGGUGUGGAGGGGAUGGCCCAGCAGCAGCCCCGGGCCAGAAUUCGCCGGCUACACAACCCGCAAACAUGAACUGUCGGCCCACAAGGGGUGCCUGUUAUGGGGAAGCAGAGUCGUUGUUCCCCAGCCCCUCUGCAAAAGGGUCCUCACAGCCCUACACGAGACACAUCCAGGGGUAGUAAGAAUGAAGGCCCUUGCCAGGAGUUAUGUGUGGUGGCCGGGGAUCGAUGGAGAGAUAGAGGCCUGGGUCAAACACUGCCAGGCCUGCCAAGAAUCCCGCCCAGAUCCCCCAAGGGCCCCAGUCCAGUCCUGGGAGUCCGCCCGAGCACCAUGGUCACGCCUGCAUGUGGAUUUCGCUGGCCCCUUUCAGGGGAAAACAUUCUUCAUAGUGGUGGACUCCUACACCAAAUGGCUGGAAGUCGCACUGGUACCGUCCACUUCCACGUCCGCAGCCAUCCGGGUACUACGCAGGCUGUUUGCAACCCACGGGCUCCCUGACACUCUCGUCUCAGACAACGGGACUGCAUUUACGUCAGGAGAAUUCCAAACCUUCACAGCGCAGAACGCCAUCCGCCACAUCCGUUCGGCGCCGUUCCACCCUGCCACCAAUGGCCAAGCAGAACGCAUGGUGCGGACCACCAAGGACACCCUUCGCCGCAUGACGCAAGGGGACUGGGAGUACCGGCUUGCCACAUUCCUUCUAGCACAGCACAGCACCCCCAGCUCAACGACUGGCCGGAGCCCCGCUGAACUACUAAUGGGUCGGCGCCUUGCAAUCAGAUUGGACCGCCUUCACCCCGAUAGAGCUCAGGAUGAGGUAGUGGUGGGGAAGGCAGGAACCCCGGACCUUCGAGGCCCAGGACCCAGUGUACGCAAAGAAUUUUGGGGCAGGCCCAGCAUGGGUACCCGCCACAAUCACCAGGGUCACUGGCCCCGUGUCGUACGAGGUGCUAACGGAUGGGGGCAAUGCUGGCGCCGCCACUGCGACCAGAUACGGCGACGAUUCCCGGGAGAAAACCAGGAGGAGGACAGGUCAGAGGAGUCCCAAGGGAACAGCGGGGCAGUGAGGCCCAUAGAGCAGGAGGGGCCAGCAGGAGAGGCAGAAUCAGUAAAUACAGAGAGGACCCGUGAGGCCGAAAGGACACCGGAACCAGAACCACGACUGAGCGAGCCGGUUGCACCAGACCAAACAGCCGCAUCACAGCCAGCAUCCUUGGAACACGAGCCAGAACCUGGAGCCCGGACCAGGGAACACCCCAGGCCACAACGCACACGUAGGCCGCCGGCAUACCUUGAGGACUAUGAAUGCGACCUCCCGGGCAGGACUGGAACUUAGAGGGGAGGGGUGUUAUGUACUGAGUUGAAUAGGAUCCAAACUGUAGCAGUCUGAUUGGUCCUAGAACAAUAGGAUCCAAAAGGCAGCAGUCUGAUUGGUCCUAGAACAAUAGGAUUCAGAAUGCAGCAGUCUGAUUGGUCCUAGAACAAUGCAGCAGUAUGAUUGGUUGGCAGGAACCACCCAAUCCUGCUCCAGAUAGAAGUGAAUCCACAACCUGAUUGGCUUACAGUAGAAUUCCAGAAUUAGCCAAUCAUGUGCAGCCCAUUGUGUAAAUAAUGUAUAUAAAGCAGAUACUGUGAGGGGACAAUUAUUCAUUCCUCCUCACCACUAUGAGCUGAAUAAAGAGCAUGAAAUCACUUUGCGACUCUGAGUAUAUUUCAGCUUGGUUCUCCCGCACAGACAUGAGACAACUCCAGUAGUAAUUAUCUCAAACUCAUAAAUCACUGUGGAGCUCAGUCUUCGGCCUGUUCAUCCCAGCUUGCAGUUGCCGAGUCCUCCAGCAAAGAAGCCCCCACUUUCGCUCUCUUUUCCCCUCUUCUCGCAGAUUCUCUCGAGCCUAAGAGUUUUUGGACAGGCUAUUUCUGGGGUCCCUGUGUCAGAGCUCAAACUGGAGCUAACAGUCUAUGCCCCGCCCCAGCACCCCCUCUUCCUGCUCUUUGUUCUUUGCUCCUGCUGCAGCUUGGCUGCUCCUCCCCUGCUUCACUUUCCAACCGAAUCACAUCUCUUGCGUUCUCAGGCUCUGUCAGCGGAGGCACGAGAGGCUUGAGAUUCACAGAGCUGACACCCUGUAAUUUUGUCCGUCCCUAAGCUUCCAUGGAGAUACUGUGGUACAACCUUGGUGCAAAUUUCAACAUAAGUACACAAAGCCAACAAAGAGACUCAGAGGUUUAUAGUGGCACCAGCUUUCCUGGUCAAAAGUCCACUGACGUCUCUGCUCUGCCCUCGCGGUCCUAGGCAAUAAUGCUUCUUGAUACUAGUUUCUGGAAAGCACAGGAAGGCAGAGAAGACUCUUGUGCUCCAGUCCUGUUUGCCGGUUUCCCACAGGCAUCUGGUUGGCCUCUGUGAGAAGAGGAUGCUGGACUAGGUGGACCUUUGCCUGAUCCAGCAGGCUCUUCUUAGGUUCCAAUAUAUUGCAAUAUUUCUACAGUUAAAUGUAGCACUUAAGUUUCACUUAUUUCACAUGGGAGACACUGUUACUCGAGCCUGAGAUCAUUCACUUGAGAAAUAAAAAUAGAGAUGUGUCUAACAAACCAGUUUCAGCAUAGAUCUGUAUUAUAAAAUGAUGCUGCCUUAUUAAGUUUGAAUAGAGUGAUCAUGUUUUGCUCUUGCCACUGUCUCAUCAGCUUUGCAAAAAAUUUGGAACCUAGAGAGGACAGUGGAGAAUGAAGGUGUUACAUCGAGAGAAGGUGCAGAUUGGGAUGGACAGGUGUUCAGUUCCCUUUUUUGUCUUUCUUGAAAGUCUAACAGGAUUCUCUUUCCUCCCAGACUCCCAAACAGGUGAGGAAGAUGAAAGUCAGAAUUCUAUGGAGCCACCUGUGAAUUUAUGGGGGAAAACAAAAAAAUUGAGGAUACAACAACAAACUCACAAAGGAGAUAAACGAUUUGAAUGUUUUGAAUGUGGAAAGAGCUUCAGUGAAAGUGGAAAACUUAGAAGACACCAACGAACUCACACGGGGGGAGAAACCAUUUAA